AUGUCAACACAUUCCCACCUAACCGAUAACUGCAUCUUUUGCAAGAUCAUUAGAGGAGAAAUUCCUUCUUUCAAGUUAAUCGAGACAGACAAGAGCUUUUCCUUCAUGGAUAUAGAUCCUUUGAGCCCUGGCCACGCGCUCGUUAUUCCCAAGUAUCACGCCGAGUUCUUUCACCAAGUACCUGACGAGUAUCUUGCUGACGCCCUCCCGGUCGCAAAGAAGAUUGCUGCAGCCUCUAAGCUCGACCAGUACAAUGUGCUCCAGAACAACGGAAAGCUGGCUAACCAGGCCGUGCCACACGUGCAUUUCCAUAUCAUCCCCAAGCCAACCGAGGAGCAAGGUCUGGGUCUUCGCUGGAAACCAAUUGGUAUGAAGAUGGAUAAAGUCAAGGAGCUCUAUGAAGAGGUCAAGAAAGAUUUGUAA